UGGUAGGAACAUAAUUCCACCACGUCGUAUUUCCAAGCCGCAUAUGACGCAAGCCACACCAUGCCGCAGAAAAAGAUCACAUCCGCCGCGUCGGUUAUAUUAAGAGAAGAAAGCAGUAGUACGCCGGCGGAACACACCGGUUCCGCCGUAACGUACUACACAACCCUCUCACCUCUCAUGUCUGUCAUGAAGCUCAUCUGCUUCUUCCUGCUCGGAGCUGUAGGAGCACUUGAGCUCGUAUCCAGCGUGGACGACCAGUUUGUGUACUCCGGUUUCGCCGGCGCCGGCCUCACGUUGGACGGCUCGGCUACGGUCACGCCAAGCGGCCUCCUCGAGCUCACCAACGGCACGCUCCAGUUGAAAGGGCACGCCUUCCACCCGGCUCCGCUCCGCUUCCGUGAGCUACCCAACGGCACGGUGCGGUCCUUCUCCGCUUCAUUCGUGUUCGGCAUCCUCUCCGCCUACCCCGACAUGAGCGCGCACGGCAUCGUCUUCGUCGUCGCCCCCACCACGGAUUUCUCGACCGCGCUGGCGAGCCAGUACCUGGGCCUGGUCAACGUCCAGAACAACGGCCACGAGAGCAACCGCAUCUUCGCCGUCGAGCUCGACACCUUGCAGCAGGACGAGUUCCGUGACAUCAACGACAACCAUGUGGGCGUCGACAUCAACGGCCUCAUCUCGCUGCAAUCCAGCAACGCCGGCUACUACGUCACCGGCGGCGAGAAAAAGGAGCGCUUCGAGAACUUGACGCUCAUAAGCCACCAGGCGAUGCAAGUGUGGAUCGAGUACGACGCGGGGAGUAAUCGGAUCAACGUGACCUUGGCUCCGCUCGGCGUGGCCAAACCUGCCAAGCCGCUGAUGUCGGUCACCUACAACUUAUCUUCGGUAAUCGCGAGCACCGCAUACGUGGGGUUCUCGUCGGCGACGGGCUCAUUCGACUCGCGACACUACGUGCUUGGCUGGAGUUUCCGCAUGAGCAGCACUAGUGCUCCGGCCAUGGACAUGGCCAAGCUGCCGACGUUGCCCCGUGAGAUCCCCAAGGCUCGGUCCAAGGUCCUACAGGUCGUCCUCCCAAUUACUUCUGCAGCAGUCGUACUCGCUCUGGGCACCGUCAUCGUUCUCCUGUUGCGUAGGCGACGAAGGUACACCGAGCUACGGGAAGAUUGGGAGAUCGAGUUCGGGCCGCACAGGUUUCCGUUCAAGGAUCUGCACCGCGCCACCCAGGGAUUUAACAGCAAGAACCUACUCGGCGUAGGGGGUUUCGGCCGAGUUUACAGAGGUGUUCUUCCAGAUUGUAACAUGGACAUCGCAGUGAAGAGGGUGUCGCAUGACUCCAAACAGGGCGUCAAGGAAUUCAUCGCAGAGGUUGUCAGCCUAGGACGCCUGCAACACCGCAACCUCGUGCGAUUGCUCGGCUAUUGCCGGCGCAAGGGGGAGCUCCUUCUGGUGUACGAGUACAUGCCCAAGGGAAGCCUUGACAAGCACCUAUAUCUAUAUGGUCACCAGGACGACGACAAGCCAACUUUGAACUGGGCUCAGAGGUUUCACAUCAUCCAAGGGAUUGCAUCUGGCUUGCUCUACCUCCACGAGGAGUGGGAGAAGGUGGUGGUCCACCGCGACAUCAAGGCAAGCAACGUGCUCCUGGACGACAAGAUGAACGGGCGGUUGGGUGACUUUGGCCUGGCGAGGCUGUACGACCAUGGCACCGACCCGCAAAGCACGCAUGUGGUUGGCACCAUAGGGUACAUAGCUCCGGAGCUGGGGCGCACGAGCAAGGCAAGCCCCCUCACCGACGUGUUUGCCUUUGGGACCUUCCUUCUCGAGGUGACCUGCGGGCGAAGGCCCAUCUUCCAAGACGCGCGUGGCAACCAGGUUAUGCUGGUGGACUGGGUACUUGACCACUGGCGUAGAGACUCGCUCGCCCAUGCAGUUGACACCAAGCUCCGAGGUGACUAUAACGUUGACGAGGCAUGCCUCGUGCUCCAGUUAGGCCUGUCAUGCUCGCACCCGUUCGUCAACGCAAGACCCAACAUGAGGCAAGUAAUGCAAUACCUCAGCAAUGAGGUGCCACUGCCGCAGCUCAGGUCCACCAAAAUGAGCUUUCAGACGCUUGCAAUGAUGCAGAACGAUGGUUUUGACUCGUACAUUCAGUCAUCAUAUUCGUCUUCCAGGGCAAGCUUUUCCACGACUUCUGUCAUCUCGUGAGGAAGAUAACACGUAUCCUCUGUCUUCCAACAGUUUGGAGAAAUUUUGAGUUUGCAUUCGAGUUGCAUUCACGGCCCUCACAAAAUUUAGAUAGCCAAGGGAGCGUGCAUCGUCUUGUAUGUGUCGUCUGGACAAAUACAAGCUGCGAAAAUAAAGGAUUGGCACAACCUCUUUUAUUAAGGGGGUUAGAACAUCUACAGCCGCAUGCACCUAAUUCGGUCUCUCAAAUGUUAAAUGACAUGCCCGGUCAGUGAUAA